AAAACAGCAAGCCAUGCAACUUUUAAAGUCAGGCAAACGCGCGGGCAGCUAUCAUUUUGUGUAAUUGUGAGGAAGAAUAAACUUGCAGAUGUUGAGGUGGCAGUUUGGCUAAAGCGUGAAUUACUUCGUUGCUGUCGUGUUUGAGACACGGAUGCGGCUGUUAACAUGACACUGAGGAGAGUCAAUGUGGUCAUCCUUUUGCUGCUGGCUGUAGCUUUUCUCAUCAUAGUUCAGAGAAAUCUCCUCAACCUCAGUGACUUUCUACACAAGGAGAACACAGAUGCAGGGAUGAUUCUUCCCUUUGAGGCGGACUUUUCUCCCGCCGUGAGACUGGAGUCCGCGAGGAAAGGAGAGGAGCUUCCUGUCCUCAUCACUGCUGCUGAGGAGAGGCUCGGUGCUGUGGUCGCUGCCAUGAACAGUGUUUACCAGAACAGCAGAGCCAAUGUUGUCUUCACCAUUGUGACCAUGAAUGACACAGCAGAUCACCUAAAACUUUGGUUGAGUAAGACGAAGCUGAAAAACAUCAAGUACAAGAUCAUUAUUUUCCAACCUGAGCUUCUCAGUGGGAAGAUUUCUAAAGAUCCUCAAACAAGGGAGGCGGCACAACCGUUGGCUUUUGCCAGAUUCUAUCUGCCUACAUACCUCCCUACAGCAGAGAGAGCCGUCUAUUUGGAUGACGACAUCAUUGUACAAGGAGACAUUCAGGAGCUUUUUGAAACCAACCUGAAACCAGGACAUGCAGCUGCUUUCUCAGAAGACUGUGACUCCGCCUCUGCCAAAGGCAUUGUCCGAGGAGCAGGAAGUCAGAAUAACUACUUAGGCUUCCUGGACUUUAAGAAGGCGUCUAUCAAAAAGCUGGGGAUGAGAGCCAACACAUGCUCCUUCAACCCAGGAGUCAUCGUGGCCAACCUGACCGAGUGGAAGAACCAGAACAUCAGUCAGCAGCUGGAGCACUGGAUGGAGCUCAACACAAAGGAGGAUCUCUACAGUAAAACACUGGCAGAGAGCAUCACCACUCCUCCUCUGCUCAUCGUUUUCUACAAACGUCACUCCAACAUCGACCCCAUGUGGCACGUCAGGCACCUGGGUAACACGGGAGCUGGAAACCGAUACUCGCCACAGUUUGUGAAAGCCGCCAAACUCCUCCACUGGAAUGGACAUUAUAAACCGUGGGGCAGAACGUCCGCGUUCUCCGAUGUGUGGGACAAGUGGUUCAUUCCCGACCCGACGGGAAAAUUUCACCCUGUGCGACGACACGCAGACGACAGCUAGACGGAACCUUUGGGCCAGCCGUGUUACUGCAGGACCACACACACAAACACACUUUGAUAUCUCAGGAACUGUGUAAGGCCAGAUUUAUGUUUAAAUUAUCAUUAUCAUCCACUGAUCAUGCAAACCUGUGUAUUUCCCUUAAAUGAGCAGAAUGGACUUUUUCUCAGUACCAGGUGCAGCAACUCGAGAUCCUUCAGUCCUUUUCUAAAGAGACAUUGACGGUAUUUUUAUCCCUGUGGCGCCACUGGUUCAUUCUGAACAUGUUAACAAAGUUUUGGCACCUGAAGAAACACAGACAUACGCAUCGUUUCCACACCACAGUGAUGAGAUACUUUGUCACAGCUAGAGAGUUUUUGUUUUAUCAAAUAAAAUACUUCAUAUUUUCA